AUGGCUGCCAUGUGCCUCCAGUCUCCAGGAAGUGUUCCUCCUCACCUUCAUCUUGACCUGCUCCCCUACUUGUGCCCUCCUGAGCUGGGCCUGAGUCCUUCCCCUACCACCACACCACCCCACAGCUGGGGCCGGGUCCUCCAGAAACAUGAAGAGGACCACACAGACCUGCCUCACCAACUCAGUCGGCGCCAUGGCCAAGGACUUUGGCUGCACCGUGAUGGAGAUGCGCGGCUCAUGGAGCUGCACAUCAGCGAGGCCGUGGCCCAGAUCAACGAGUGUUUUGGGGGUGUGCUGGGCCUCUGUGAGAAGCUGCAGACCUCACACAUCAAAGGUGACUCGUUGCCUGCAGACGGGGUCCUAAUCCAAGGGAAUGAUCUGAAAACUGAUGAGAGUGCCCUAACUGGAGAGUCUGACCAUGCUACUUUCAGGCUGGGAGUACAGAAAUAUCACCUUCUUUCACUCUUUCCAGGGACCCAUGUGAUGGAAGGGUCCGGACAGAUAAUAGUGACUACAAUGGGUGUGAAUUCCCAAACUGGAAUAAUUUUCACCCUUUUGGGGGCAUCAGAGAGUGAUGAGGGGAAGAAAGAAAAAACUGGUAAGUCCCACCCAGCCCCUGAAAAUCGCAACAAAGCUAAGACUGAAGAUGGUGUGCCUCCAGAGAUCCAGCCCCUGAAGAGCCAAGAAAGCAUAGAGGAAGAAGAGGAGAAGAAGAAGAGGAAGAAGGGGCCCAAGGAAAAGUCCAUGCUACAGCGCAAGCUGACAUGCUUGGCUGUUCAGAUUGGGAAAGGUGGUCUUUUCAUAUCUGUACUCACAGUUCUCAUCUUGAUAUUGUCCUUUGUGAUCAACACAUUUGUGUUGCAAGGUCAGAAUUUGAACACGAAAUGCAUCCCCAUCUACUUCCAGUACUUUGUCAAGUUCUUCAUCGUUGGGAUCACAGUGCUUGUAGUGGCUGUACCAGAAGGGUUGCCUUUGGCUGUCACCACCUCAUUGGCCUAUUCUGUCAAGAAAAUGAUGAAGGAUAAUAACCUUGUGCGUCACCUGGAUGCCUGUGAGACCAUGGGGAAUGCAACGGCCAUCUGCUCCGACAAAGCAGGCACGCUGACUUUGAACCGCACGACAGUGGUGCAGGUCUUCAAGAAGGUCCCCAGCCCAGAUGUCCUUGCACUCAAUACCCUGGACCUCAUUGUCAAUGGCAUCUCCAUCAACAGUGCCUACACAUCCUAGAUCUUGUCUCCAGAGAAGGAGGGAGGGCUUCCUUGGCAGGUGGGCAACAAGACGGAGUGUGGCCUCCUGGGCUUUGUCAAAGACCUGAAACACGACUACCAGGCAAUAAGGAAUGAGGUGCCAGAGGAGACAUUCUACAAAGUCUACACCUUCAAUUCAUCAUGCAAAUCAAUGAGCACAGUUAUCCAGAUCCCAGAUGGAACUUUUUGAAUGUACAGCAAGGGGGCCUCAGAGAUCCUCCUGAAAAAGUGCCUCUGGAUCCUUGACAGGAAUGGAAACUCACUGAUGUACCCUACAGAACGUGGUAAUAUGGCAUGCAAAGUGAUUGAGAAGAUGGCCUGUGAGGGGCUUCGGACCAUCUUCUUUGCCUUACUAAUACCAUAUAUACUUGCUAUGGAAUCACUUAAAGAAUAA